GCUUGAUGAUACUAUGGCUCCUGGGGUUGUUGCCACUGAUAUUAAUAAUCCCAUAGACAUUGCGAAUGUACAGGUGGUUGAGAUACCCAAAUCUUGUCCGAUCGAUCAUUUAAAUGAACCGGAAGGUGAAGGGUUGAAAAUUGUGAAGUUAGAUAAGAAAACGCCGCGUAGAGUUGUCAGGCCGAAAGUGUUGAAGAAUCAUGAAUCGAGGGAGUAUUUGUAUGAUCGUCUGUAUGACGAUACCUGCCCGAGAGUGCCUACAUUAUGCAACGAAAAGACAUGUCUGGGGAGUUUGAUGGCGAUUCCGGGUCGUGGAGACGUACCAAGGGAACCAGAAGAAGUUCUAAAUGAUGCUAAGGAUUUUCUCGGACAGUACUUUGCCUCAAUACGAAGAGCUAAUACUCCAGCUCAUGAAGCGCGAUGGGGGACUGUGCAAGAGGAAGUGGCGAAGACAGGGACAUAUCAACUAACCACAACUGAGCUGGUCUUCGGAGCCAAGUUGGCAUGGAGAAACGCAAGUCGAUGCAUUGGGAGAAUACAAUGGUCCAAGCUACAGGUCUUCGAUUGUCGGCAAGUGACGACCACGAGUGGUAUGUUCGAAGCACUCUGCAAUCAUAUAAAAUACAGCACAAAUAAAGGAAACAUAAGAUCAGCAAUAACACUAUUCCCGCAACGUACAGACGGAAAGCAUGACUACAGAAUAUGGAACAGCCAGCUAAUCAGUUAUGCUGGUUAUAGACUAUCUGAUGGCACAGUUCUAGGGGAUCCCAUGCAUUGCGAAUUUACUGAGCUUUGUUUGAAACUGGGAUGGAAGCCGCCGCGGACUGCGUGGGACAUUUUGCCUCUCGUACUAUCUGCGAAUGGGAAGGAUCCGGACUACUUCGAAAUACCAAGAGAACUUGUCAUGGAAAUACACAUGACUCAUCCAUCGUACGAAUGGUUCGAAGAUCUUCAACUUCGCUGGUACGCCCUGCCAGCCGUGUCGAGCAUGAGAUUCGAUUGUGGCGGCAUAGAGUUCACCGCAAACGCCUUCAAUGGAUGGUACAUGAGCACUGAAAUUGGAUGCCGAAACUUCUGUGACUCUAAUAGAUUGAACAUGCUAGAGAAAGUGGCCGAAAAAAUGGGCUUAGACACUCGCACUCCGGUGAAUCUAUGGAAGGACAAAGCGUUAGUGGAAGUGAACGUGGCUGUCCUACACAGCUUCCAACAACACAACGCGACCAUUGUAGAUCACCACACUGCGUCCGAGAGCUUCAUCAAACAUUUAGACAAUGAAAAUCGACUUCGGUCAGGAUGUCCAGCUGAUUGGAUUUGGAUCGUACCACCAAUGUCGUCUUCGAUCACGCCAGUAUUUCACCAAGAAAUGGCGCUUUACUAUUUGAGACCUUCCUAUGAAUAUCAGGAGCCGGCGUGGAAGACACAUCAAUGGCAGAAAUCAAAGCCGAUUACUGGCAAACGGCCCAUCAAUAGAAAGUUCCACUUCAAGCAGAUCGCGCGCGCUGUCAAGUUCACCUCCAAACUGUUUGGCCGGGCCCUCUCUAAGAGGAUUAAGGCCACGGUUUUAUAUGCCACCGAGACUGGCAAAUCGGAGCAGUAUGCCAAAGAGUUGGGUGUAAUAUUUGGUCACGCGUUUAAUGCACAGGUUCACUGCAUGAUGGAUUAUGACAUCACCUGUAUCGAGCACGAAGCUCUAUUGUUAGUUGUAACGUCAACCUUUGGUAAUGGAGAUCCCCCUGAAAAUGGAGUGGCCUUUGCGGAAAAUCUUUGUGAGAUUCUGUAUGCUGAUCAGGUUGGAGGUGAAAGCACUGGGACAUCACAAAUGCUGACACCCAAGUCCUUUAUCAAAGCAAAUAGCCAAAUAGAAAUGCAGAGAUACGCAGUAGCUAAUCCUAAACAAUUGAGUAGAUUGGAAUCUCUUAAAGGAAGUGCAACGGAUGCAACCUCAAUCGAUAGUUUUGGUCCACUUAGCAAUGUUAGAUUUGCAGUAUUUGCUCUUGGAUCGAGUGCUUAUCCAAACUUCUGUAACUUUGGCAAAUAUGUAGACAAACUACUUGGGGAUCUAGGUGGAGAGAGGAUCCACGAUGUUGCCAUGGGUGAUGAGAUGUGCGGACAAGAUCAAGCGUUUAGGAAAUGGGCAUCUAGUGUUUUCAAUGUUGCAUGUGAAACAUUCUGUUUGGAUGACGAUGAAACUCUUCAAGAGGCUAAACGAGCUCUCGGUACUGUUACAUUAAGCGAAGAAACAGUAAGAUUUGCAUAUCCAGCUGUUAAAGCACCAACACUGCAAAACGGCUUACAAUCUGCACUUAAUAGACAAUUGGUCACAUGUACUGUAAAGGCUAAUAAAGAUUUAGGCGAUGCUUCCGCUGAGAGAUCAACCAUUUUCAUAGAUCUGGAACCCAAGAGUGAAAUUAAAUAUGAUCCAGGUGACCACGUUGGAAUAAUCGCGUGCAAUCGAAUAGAAUUAGUAGAUAACUUAUUAGCUAGGUUGACGGAUAUUGAUGAUUUUGAUACUCCAGUACAGUUGCAACUUAUGAAAGAAACACAUACUUCAAGUGGACCAGUUAAAUCAUGGGAACCACACGAGAGGCUACCAGCUGUAAGCGUCCGCGAUUUGUUUACGAGAUUUUUGGAUAUAACAACACCACCCACGACGAUACUGCUUCAAUAUUUAGCUAAAACAUGUGAUAAUGAUACGGAAAGAAAACAACUUAAUACAUUAGCUACGGACCCAGCGGCCUACGAAGAUUGGCGUCAUUAUUACUUUCCAACGUUGUCUGAAGUGCUGGACCAGUUUCCUUCAGUGAAACCUAGAGCCUCUCUUCUCGCGGCUCUUCUAUCGCCUCUUCAACCACGAUUCUAUUCUAUAUCCUCUUCUCCAAUAGCUCAUCCGAAACGACUGCAUCUUACAGUUGCUGUCGUAACAUAUAGGACUCAAGACGGCGAAGGACCAGUCCACUAUGGUGUUUGCUCCAAUUAUCUCAUGGAUCGUAAACCAGGCGACGAGGUUUAUCUCUUCAUACGAAGUGCUCAAAACUUCCAUUUGCCCCAAGAUCUGUCAGUACCUCUCAUACUAAUUGGGCCCGGUACUGGAAUAGCACCAUUUAGGGGCUUUUGGCAUCAUCGUAGAGCAUUGUUGAAUUCUCGAACACGCGCAAACGCCGGAGCUGUAUGGUUGUUCUUCGGAUGUAGAACCAAGACUAUGGAUCUAUACAGAGAAGAGAAAGAACAAGCGCUAAAGGACGGGGUUUUGUCUAAAGUAUUCCUUGCUUUAUCACGAGAGAAGAAUAUUCCAAAGAUGUAUGUUCAAGAACUAGCUGAAAACGAAGGAGCCGAAAUACAUGAUUUGCUUAUAAACUCCGGAGCACAUUUCUACGUAUGUGGAGAUUGUAAAAUGGCGGAAGAUGUUCAUCAGAAAUUAAAAGGAAUUAUCAAAAAACAUGGUAACAUGACUGAUGAGCAAGUACAAAACUUCAUGUAUAUUUUAAAGGAGGAGAACCGUUACCAUGAAGACAUAUUUGGAAUAACCCUUCGUACCGCGGAAGUGCAUAGCGCGUCCCGAGAAUCUGCAAGAAGAAACCGCGUCGCUGCUCAACCCUGACGCCGGUCUUCCCGUAUGAUCUCAAAUUAUGAAACCUAGCAAAACCAACAACAUAUUAAACAGUGAGAAAAUAUUUAGAAUUAUUAAUAAUAAAAAAGGAUUGUGUGGUUUUAUGAAACCACGGUAAAAGUGAAACUUUUUUUCACAUUACACACGUCUAACUAAAAAAGUUAAUGUUAAGUGGUAUAAUAUUCCAUUAAGGGUAUAAAAAUCACUUCACCAAUCCUAAUAUUAUACUUGGGAAAUUGGAAUGAUAAUGGGAAAUAAAAAAGUUUCACUUGAAUAAAUAACAGCAUUAACAUUAAACUCUGACAGUAACAAACCAAAUAGCGUGGAGAACUGGCACAAAUGAAUAAUAGUCUAUACACUACACGGUCAGCUGCUGCGAACUAUGUGCACCGCCAUAUUGGCCUUGGCUGCUAUGACGAAUGCCUUUCCUUUAUCCCUACUCCGCGGCCGACCGUCACUCGACAUGCGCCACACAGACCAAAAAGUUUAAGAAGAUGAAAUAAAAGUUUCACUUUAAAACGAAAGUUUAUACCAACUUCAGAUUACUCGAACAUUGACGUAUUAAGAAAAAACAUCAAUUGUAAUUCUCAAUUAUAAAAUACAUAUGCUUGUCUCGUCUUUUGAGGCAUUGGUAUAUAAAGAUCAUCUUCGCGAAAUUACGCCAGUGCAAAAUUGUCUUAAAUUUUCGCUUGAUUUUACUAAGUAACAUUGCUAGAAACCAUUUGAAUGCUUUUUAAUCACUACAAAUAUGUUCUUUAAUCGAUACAAGUGAAUUGGCCUAAUUGCAGAAUAAAAAGCUGAUGUGAGAAAUUAAAACAUUUUCAGAUAUUGUUUUCGUUUAUUAAAAAUUUUAAUGAUUGAAGUCAAUCGAACUUUUUAAAGGUUGAUUUGAUCGUGGUUGUGUAUUGUAAAUAGUUAUGUUCUAUAAUUCAAACAGCAUAUAAUGAGAACUAUUGUUAAGUACGAAAUUGUUUAUUGGUUUGAAAUUUUUUUCAUGAUCGUUUGAAAUUUUAAUUUUUCAGUAUUAUUUUAUAUUGGUAUUCAUUUGUUUAUGAUUGUUAGUUUUUUGGUUUAGUUGUGUAAUAUUAAAAUGAUUUAUAUAAUAAUAAAUCUCGUAUCACACUUUAAAUAUAAAAUAACUAUUUUUGUUAAUUGUAUAAAAUACUUGUAAAUAAGAAUUAGCGCAUUUAUUUGCAAUGUAAUUUUAUUAAUUAAAUUUUAAUAUUUUAUUGUUACCUCUAUGCCAAAUAUUUUACAAUAUAAUCAGUAGGUUAAGAUUGUGAACUUAAAUAUUUUUAUCGUUCCAUAUAAUUGUAAUCGCUUAGUGAUCCUUAAGCUAGUCCUAAGAAUUGUAAGUAAAUUAAUAUUUUCUAUUUCUUGCUCCAAUACAUAUUAACAUUCCUAUUAAUAUUCAAGUUAUACUAAUUAAAAUUAUAAAUGUAUGAAAUAUUUACAAAUAUAUCUUUCAAUAUUUUAAUUGCACGUUUGGGACUAAAUUUUAUCAAUCCAUAUCAAAACUUGAACGCACUUUUUUCAAGUAUCGAUGAGGUUAUAUUCUUAUGAAUUUAAAUAUUAUCUUAAGAGUCUUCGUUAAUUACUUAAUAAAGUUCCUUCGUACUAAUAA